AUGGGUAAGAAAAAAGGAGCCGCCAAUAAAUUGGCGAAAAUGUCGGAUGAAGAACGAGCACGAUAUUUACAACAUCGUGCCGAUCUCGAAGAAGAGGCUCGUCGUCGGAAACAACAAUUGAUUGCAAUAUUCUUAAAGAACAAAUUAAAAAGAGAGGAAGCAUUCUCACGAUUGAAUAUGGCAAAAAUAAAUCAAGAAUGGCGAACCAUUUUGCGAAAUAUCAAAUGUGUUGAACUUCGAAAUGAAGCAAAAAAUGUACAAACCUAUUUUAACGAUGCAUUCCAACGGAAGAACCAAAAAAUCGAUCGAUUGCUCUCUGAGCUAGACCAGCAGGAAGAAAUGUAUGUGACGCUGCUUAAUUCACAUAUGGAAUCGAUCAAUAAAAUUAUUGGAUUGCACGAAGAGCGUUUAGCUUACUGGACACAUCAAUAUGAAAACGAAAAGAAAAUUUUACUCGAUCAGUAUACAGCUGAAAUUGAUAGUUACAAAGAUCGAAAAUUUCGAGCACACAAAGAACUUGAAUGUGUUUAUUACGCUUUGCAAAAUGAGAACGAUACACAAAAGGCUCAAGAUGAAAAGAAACAUCAGGAAAAAAUUGACGAUAUCAAAAGCAAGAUGAUUUUGAAGCUACAAGAAAUGACAAAAGAUCGUGAAGAUAAAAUGAAUGCGUUGUGGUCAGAAUUUCAGCAAAUACUUCGAAAUUAUUCGGAAAAAACACAAGAAAAAUAUGCGGAAUAUGUUGAGAUGCGUGAACGUGACAAUGCCGAUACAAAAGAAAUUCAUCAACAUUAUUUGGAAAUUGCAAAAGCAACCAGAGAUAUUUCGCUAUUGCGAGGCAUUCUUGAGACACAAUCAAAUGAACAUCAAAUUCAUGUUAAUCAAAUAAAACAAUAUCUGCAGUUAUUGAAGGAGAAACAGAAACGCCUGAAACAAACAAUGAAUGGAAGCGAAAAAAUACAUAAAAAAUUGAUGAAAACACUUGUGAUUAACAGCAUAGAAGCAAACACGAAACUCGAAAAAUUAUUGGUGAAAGGAAAAAAUAUUUUACAAUUGACCGAAAUUUGUAGCAAGUAUGAGACGGAAAGAGAAAAAAUUCAACCGUUCAAAGCACAAAAUUCCAUAGAAAUAACAAAACAAACUGAAGAUCGAAAAAAUGGAAUGUUGGAAGACUUUAAGGAGGUUUGACCCUAAUAAUUUGAACUAUUUAUUUCAAAAUAAAUUUCAAUGUUAUUGUUUCAGCUUAAUUUAAAUGUCGUCUCUAAGAUGGAACAUUUCUGGAUUCGUUUUAAAAAUGUCGAAAUCGACUGUGCAUGCUUGGAGGAAGAGCGUCAAGUGCUGCGUAAUGAAAAUGAAAUGCUGAAAGAGAAACUAAAGCAAUAUUUGGAAGAUGUAUCAGUGGUGAAUGGACGAGUUGGUUCGUCCAAAGAACGUCUUCGACCACAAAGUAUGAAAAUUGAACGGACCACUUGUGUUAUGUCCGCUCCAACUACUAUUACGAAUCAACAGCGGCGGCCAGUCACUGGUGUUGAAGGCAAUUUAAGUGUCGCUGUUAGAAGUAAAAGUCUCGUACAAUCAAAACCAAAAACACCAAACAUUUACUCAGUCGUAAAUUGA